UUGAAUUCCUGUUCAAAAUGGCGACUGCUGUUGGGAGGGUAGACGAAUUUGUUAAAGAUUAUUUAAUAUAUAGAGGCUUGUCGACUACUCUUAAAACACUUGAAAUUGAAUUGAGAAAUGAAAAGGAAAAAGGAUUCAGGGUAGAUAAGAUAGUGGAGCAGCUACAGAAUUAUGUCUCAAGUUAUGACUUGCCAAACCUGAGGGAUUAUUGGAACUUCCUAAACAGCCGAUUAUUUGCUCGCCUAGAGCAGAGGUAUAUGAGCAGUGUACGGAAGUUGGAGGUGGGAUUACUUAAAUACUACCUUGUAAAUGCGUCGCAAAACAACAAACAGGAUAAAAUACUAGAGUUCUUCGAUAGGAUGACAGAAAUUUUACAAUCACAGGUGGAAUUUAAGGAAUGGUUUGCUUUUCCAUUUGUAAGGAACCCACGGGAGAACAGUCAUUUUACAAUGUAUUUUACUGUGCAGUGGCAGGAGACAUUCUUCCUUUCACUUCACAACUUUCUAAGUGUGAUUCUGCAAGCUAUGCCAGGUCCAGUAUUGCUUAGUUUUGAAGCUGAAUAUAGACAGAUUAGAGACCUGCAGGAUGAAAAUGACAAACUGAAAGUACAGAUAAAGUCAUUAGGGGAGAAACCAGACCUGACAUCAAAGAUGACAAAUCGAGAAAGUUAUUUGAGUGACCGCAGUCACAUGGAUCUUGUAUAUGACUUCUCAUCUCUCGGAGAGAAACCACCAGUGAAAGGAAAUAAGGUACAGAGCCUGGAACCAGCAGCAGUUGGUCAUGUGACAGAUACUUCAACCAAUCACAAUACAGUAGAAAUGUCACCAGCCAAUCAGAAGAUGAAGAAGAUUGAAGAUGCAAAACAGAAGAGGAAGGAACUGUUUGAAGCGAGCACAAAGGUGAAAGAAGAAAAGGUACAGAAGCCACCAGAAGUAAAACAAGACGUCAGUACCGGUUAUAACCGGUCAUUAUCUGAAUCCGGUGUGGAUACGUUGACACCGAAAUAUUCACCGAGGGGGACUAGAAGAACUGUAAGCAAGAGUGUUCUAGAAACAAAGUCCAGUAUGUAUUCUGGCACAUCUGGAACAAGUGAUUCCAUGGAGACUGUAUCUCCCUUAGCAACAGCUACCUUAGCAACAAUGUUGGGAACUGGUGGGCCCAGCAAGGCAGAGGAGAUGCAAACAUUUCCACUCACAUCCUCUGUUACUGAGCCGGAACAACCUGCCACAUCCAGCACAGAGACAAAAACAUUAGAAACAAGAUUAAUAUGGUUUGUUUUAUUUUACAAGUUAUUGCUGGGCAACAGAUCUGGGAACAUACGCUUGUUUGAUGUGAAGGAAAUGAAAUCAUUUUAUGAAGCAACGGCUGAUGCUAGCUAUCCAAGAAUAGUGACAUUGUGUUCUAACCCAGCAUCUCCGAUGUUUGUAUGUUCAGCAACUUCUGGACAUCCGAGAUCGUCCUCUUUCAGCUCUGAUAUAGGGCCAAGUCAUGAUUCCAGGGCUGGUAAACUUACUGUAUGGGAUCUUAAAACAAUGAAAACUGAUAAAACACUUCCUCUUGAACCGGGUUCAGCAUGUAUAAACAGUUGUUCGUUCAACCAUAAUGGUCAGUUACUUAUAACAGGAGGAGCCGACGGGAUGAUCAGACUUUUUGAUGUAAGCCAGGAGAAAUGUAUAUCACAGUGGCAGGCACACCACAGUGACAUUAGAAACAUCCAGUACUCGGCCGACUAUAAUUCCUGUUACAGUCUUGGUAAUGACGGAAAGAUGAGUGAAUGGAGUAUGCACAAGACUGGUUUAAAACUGCGGGAUUUACCACUCCACCAGGGGGCAGUACCAAACUUCUCCCAGCUUGAGUCUGGUAACACAAAGGAAGUCCCUGUUGGUAAACUGUUGGCCUUGGAUUCUGAUGGACAUUAUUUAAUGAGCUGCAACGAUACAAGUGCUGAAAUAUACAGGCUAAUCAAGGAGGAUCCAGGACUAUUGUACAUGAUGGAUUUGAGAGGUCAUAGGUCAUCCUUGAUAACAACGGUAGACUGGUCACCUAAUAUUGACACAAAAAUUUGUUUGACUGGUUACCUAGAUGGAAAAAUUAUAGUUUCAACACUGUUGUCACAGUGACAUGUUAAAUAAAAGACAAGGAUGAAAAUGCCAAUCUUUGUAUAGACAUAUUUUGAACUAAGUUAAUUGGAGACGAUUUACUUAUUCAGCAGUUGCCCAAAAUAUAUACACAUAUACAUCAGAUAUAUUUAUUACUUAAAGAUCAUUUGUGUCAAGUGUUAUAGUUACAUUGUAAAAUGAAUGUAAAUAUUCUCUUUCAAUUGUUUGUUUUUCAUUUCUACAAGAUUACAUUUAUUUACUUAAAUCUAAUGUAAGUUGAUGCAAAGAAAUGUAGUUUGCAAAAAGAUAACUUUUCUUAAUACACCUACAUGUACAUCAGUUUUCAAGAAUAAAAAAUUUAUUUUGCGUUUUAUAUCAUUCUUUGACAAACUAUAAAGAUAGUUUUUGUUAAAGUAUAAUUAUUAUGAUAUCUACCAUUUAUUGAAGGAAAUUUUACUUGUAGAUUCAAUUGAUGAAUAUAAUACAUUAUUGUAUAGUUAAAAACUAUUAAAUUGUAUAUCUCUACCUAGACAGUUAAAGGGAUGUGUGCAAUAAAUGUAUGUUGUUAUGUUAUUUGAUUUUGUGAUUUACUUUAAUAAAAUGCAUAAAUACUAUAGAAGAACGU